UGGAGGAAAAAAGGCGAUUUAAAUAUCGUAGUCCUUCAUUCUAUUCGCUAUUCGAGAAGAAACAGAUGUUUAAGCAGCUUUAACAGUGCUUAUAGUUUCAUGGCUAAUUGUGUUUACAAAAACAUUGAAGAAAUAAACAAAAAUUCGACUUUAUUACCAAAUUUAACAAUUGGAUUGAACUUCAUUGAUACUUGUGGUGGAUCUAAUGCCGAAGUUGGAAAAUUAAGCAAAAUCUUCACAAACAACAAUUCAAGUUCCAUUUCAAAUAGAUAUGUUGGUAUUAUAGGUGGUGCAACAUCUGUGCGAGCAAUUCCAGCAGCAGGUUUGGCAUCUUAUUUUCAAAUGCCUUUUAUUGGAUCUUAUUCUACAAUUGAUGAACUAUCUGACAAAACUCGAUUUGAAUAUUUUUCUCGUCUUGUACCGCCUGAUAAUUUUAUUACAGAAGCAAUGGCUCAUUUUCUAAAAGAAAAGAAAUGGACAUAUGUUCAAUUGCUCUAUUCGAAAGUAACGCAAUGCGAAAAUUUUGCUAAAAAUUUCUUAGAUGAAGUCCAAAAUAGUGAGAUUUGCGUUGCGAAUGCACAAAAAAUUUCAUCGUAUACUUUAAGGGCAUUUCAAAAUGUUGUUAAAACAAUAAUGAAAUAUAAAAAGGCAAAGGUUGUAGUUGUGUGUUUAACCUAUUUUGAGGCAUAUCAUCUAUUACAAGAACUAAAUAAAAUAAUAGGGAAAGAAAGCUUUAUUUUUAUUUCAAAUGAUAUCUACGAUAUCAUUGAUAAGUUUAAGCAUCUUCAACAGUAUAGCAUUAGAUUUAGGUAUCGAAUUGGUAAUUAUGAUACAGUUCAGAGAUGUAUACACUCAACAACACCGAAUGAAGUUAGGCAUGUUUGGAUGAAAAAAUUUUGGGAACACGUUGGAAAAUAUAGAUAUGUAUUCUAUAACAAAUAUAUAGAUGGAACUGAUUUAUAUGCAAGAGCGUUAAAUCAGCUAAUUGAAAAAUAUUGCCCUAAAGCAUUCUACGAUAAAAGUCUCUUAAAUACAUGCAUCACAGGAGAACGAGUUCUUUUCCAUAUACGAAAUCAGAAUUUUCAAGCUUCUUCUGGAAUUCAAUACAAAUUUAAUAACAGAGGUGACCCAUUAGCAGAAUACGAAAUAACUCAGUUUAUAAUGAUCAAUAAUUCCUGGAUAUCAGAAGAAAUUGGAUCUUGGAAAAAAGAUGGUGAUAUUCUUACUAUAAAUACACAUUUCAACAUUGAAUCUGUAUGUAGUAAACCCUGUCUUCAAACACAAAUAAGAGUACAACAGGAACUUCAUUGCUGUUGGCUAUGUAAAGAAUGUCGUGAAAAUGAAAUUUUGGUUAAGAAUGCUACAGAAUGCUUAAAAUGUCCUACUUUCUUUUGGCCAGUUGCAUAUUUUGACCCAUUUUCUCUUAAAGACAAAGAAACUAAAACCAGAUGUAUUGAAAUAAAUGACGAAUACGUUGAAUGGUCCGAUUCACUAUCAAUUCUCCUAAUUAUUCUUUCUGGAUUUGGAGUCAGUAUGAAUAUCUUUGUAAUUGUUAUGUACAGAGUAUACAAGGAGGAGAAAAUCAUUAAAGCAUCUUCAAGAUUUCUAUCAGGCAUUAUACUCUUCGGAUGUAGUUUGGGUUAUGUUACCGUUUUUUUCUUCCUUGCCAAGCCAUCAAUUGUUACCUGCGUCAUCAAUCGCAUAGGUUUCCAUAUGACCAUUUGUACAAUAUACUCACCUUUGUUUGUGAAGACAUUGAGAGUAUAUAGAAUAUUUAGAUCUGGAUUGAAAGGAAAAAAGCAUCCUUCAUUCUUUGAUCAUUUGGAAACCCGACUUGGAUAG